AUGGACUCGCAUCCGAUGCCUGGUGAUGCUGUGCAGCCAUUCCACCCACAACCAGUUCAAUCCGUUGUCAGCCACAAACAGCGGGGCCAAAAGCAUCCUCGCAAGGGAAAACAGCGCCAGAAUCACCCUUCUGCUGGCAGCAAUAAUGGCCCCCCUAAGCACACCCAACCCCAAUCAUGUUACAACUGUGGUUCCUUGGAGCAUUGGGCCCAGCAAUGCCCGGAACCCCGCCGCGAGUUCCCCACGGGUGGUAUGAAACCUGGUCGUCCUCCAAAACGACAGAAAACUACAGUUUCUUACCAUGCCCAUUAUCAGGGCGACCCGUUUUACGACAAAUCGCAUCCGGGCCCUCAAAGGAGUUAUACUCACCCGCCCGUAGCACAUCCAACAUAUCAACCCAGACCGAUGGCAGCUUCAACAUAUGGCUCUCCAACACCCAUGUCUGCCCACCCCUAUUCAGCUGGUCCAUGGCCCCAUGAACCCUUACCCCCGCAAUAUAAUUCACCCCAAUCGUAUGGAUUGCCAACGUCCACGAGUGCCUAUAACCCGCAGUUCUCAAGUGCAUCAACUGCUAUGCCGCCCCACCGGGGCUAUUUUCACCCUCAGUACGCAUCUCAGUAUGCGGAGCCCGAAUAUCAUCGAAAGUCAUUCGAUCGUCACCAACAAAUGCCGCCACACGUGGGUAAUAAUCGGCAAUCUAGGAAAAAGUGGCGUCGUUCAGAUAAUGUACCCGCAAUCGCUCUUCCAGUGGAACCCUGGAUGGAAGAAUUACAGUCCCUUGACAUCCCCGAGUCAAACUCUGGUCAAAAUGAAAUUGUUUGGAGGCCAGCUGUUCAAGUUGCCCGCCCUCUUCCUUCAACUUUUGAUGAACGAGACGAUAUUGGAAUGCUCCCGCCCUUUACAACACUGCCACCUGGCAUGAAUAAUACCGCCCUUUACAAACACUGCCACCUGGGCAUGUCUGUGUCAAAAAUACAUCCUGGACAAGGGUCACGAGGAAAAUUUCAAACAGAAUGUGAACUUGUAUCAAUCGAUGAGCUCAUCUCGCGCCGCAAGCUGAUAUUUGAAACCCAUCGUAUCGAACCCCCUCCUCCAGUGGAGGAAGCCGACGGUGGCCUGGAGCAAGAUGACGAAAUCUAUGAAGAAAAUCACUCUCAAGAAAACUAUGGCUCCGUCGUCAGUUCAAAUGAAGCAGGUGACGAUCGAGCCAUGAGUGGAGGGUAUUCCAGUGAAUACUCACACACGCCAUUGUGCAGUCCAAAGGCGGGGUAUAGAGACGAUAUGUCCUCCACUGGGUCAUACCAAGCCGAUGAUAGAGGCUCAUUCAGGGAAAGUGCAUCUCCAGAUGCACCGGAGGAUCCAGUCUCCCCUGAUCUGAGAACAAAUUACGAGUAUCACGAGUUUCAGGAUCGCCAAGACUCAAAACAACACUAUUCCAAACCUGGCAAAAACUCCACAAGUGACAAACGGCGGAAUCAACGAAUCCAGCGAGACCGCAGACAGCAGAUGGAUUCUUCAACCCGCAAAUCUGGUCAGCUCGAUGGCAGACGCAAUGCGCCAUUUGACUGUCGAGGAGGACGUUCUGGUUAUUUCAACCCCCAAGAUCGACGAAAGCAAAAGCAGCAGCAGUUCAAGGGAAGUGCUAAAACAAAAGCCAAAAAAGUGCCGAAUAAUCGUGGGCGGCCACCGUACAAUGCCAUUUCAGAGGGCCAUCUUCAUGAGAACCAUGAUAAUAGAUGUGGUCUGGAUGGCAAUACCGGUCGCAGUCAUAAUGAAGACUCAAGUCAACCCAAACGUUCCCAUGGCUAUGCUGACAUUCAACAAAGCGAUCACCAUCAUCCCCAUGACCAGGUUGAUUUCGAGCAUAACAGUCGAAAAAGGAGCAGGCAAGAUGAGUCUCUCAGCGCACCUGAAGAACCCAUGCGCCAAGAAGAUGACAUUACUCCAAGGAUAAGGCGACGUCAACCCCAUGUCGCAGAGGCCUACAGGUAUGACUUGCAUCAACCUAACAUCCUUGCUAUUUACUAA